GAUAUUUGAUUAUAAAAAAUAGUUUGAAUGAUUAUUUUUUAAUUAGACAAGAAGUGGUGAUUAUUUUCUAAUUAACUUGCUUUUUCUAACACAUAAGGCAAUAACCUUUUCCCCUUUUCCGGGGACCUAAAAGUAAAAGCUUCUUGAUUCUUCUCCCAUCCCAUCCCAUAGCAAGUCUUCGGAUUGCAGGGCUCCAAUUCAUUGCUUUACCCAGUCGGAAGACUAAAGCACAUCCAUGAUAUAUACAAACCAACAACUGCCGCAGACCCACUAAAAAGCACAAGAGAAACACGACCCAGGAGUACAAAGGAGAGUUGAUUGGCAGGCGCUGAGCCACAUUAAAACAGUGAAGGCAUAUCUUUGAGCGUAGACCGAAUCGUGCAUCUUUUCACUAUAAAGAUUUGAGUGAGAACCUGCGUUCAGUCCAAGCGAAAGGACAAAGAUGCAGAGUCCUCACGUUUUGGCUAUACCUUAUCCAGCUCAAGGCCAUGUGAUUCCCUUGCUGGAGCUCAUGCAAUGCUUGGCCAGACAUGGCGUCAAAAUCACAUUUGUGAACACUGAAUUUAAUCAGGAAAGAGUCGCGAAUGCAUUGUCGAGGAAAGACGAUAUAGGGGAUCACAUACAUCUGAUUUCAAUCCCAGAUGGGUUGGAGGCAGGGGAUGAUAGAAAUGACGUGUUGAAGCUGAUGGAAACAAUCUCCCAAUUCAUGCCAGGGAAGCUGGUAGAGCUCAUAGAAAAAAUUAACGAAUCCGGAGACAAGAUUACUUGUAUUAUAGCCGACCAGGUUGUCGGAUGGGCCCUGGAAGUUGCAGAAAAGAUGCAUAUCAGGCGGGCUGCCUUUUGGCCAGCAGCAGCUACUCUCUUGGGGCUGAGUAUCAGCAUACCAAAGCUGCUUGACGAUGGGAUAAUUGACGAUAACGGAACACCUAGGAAGAAUCAGAUGGUUCAGCUGUCGCCAACCAUGCCUGCAAUUAGCACAGCCCACUUUCCAUGGGCAUGCUUUGAGGGCUUGACCGCACAGAAAAAAAUUUAUGAACUUGCCUUGAGAAAUAACAAGGCUGCAGAAGGGCUAGACUGGCUGGUUUGCAAUUCAAUUUAUGAACUGGAGCCUGCAGUAUUUGAGUUAUUUCCAAGUAUCUUGCCUCUAGGUCCACUUUUGGCAAACAACCGGCUUGGAAAUUCAGGAGGCUACUUCUGGCAAGAAGACUCAACUUGUUUGGAAUGGCUUGAUCAACAGGAAGCAAACUCUGUCAUAUAUAUUGCAUUUGGGAGCUCCACAGUUUUGGACCAGACCCAGUUCCAAGAAUUGGCCCGAGGACUUGAACAAACUAAUAGGCCAUUCCUAUGGGUCGUGCGGCCAAAUAUAACUGAAGAGACAGAUAAUGCUUACCCUAAAGGGUUCAAAGACAGAAUAGCCACUCGUGGGCGAAUGGUGUGUUGGGCACCUCAGCAGAAGGUCCUAGGCCAUCCUUCUGUUGCUUGCUUCUUGAGCCACUGCGGUUGGAAUUCUACCAUCGAAGGCAUAAGCAAUGGGAUCCCUUUUCUAUGCUGGCCUUACUUUGUUGACCAAUUUCUAAACCAGAGCUACAUUACUGAUGUUUGGAAGGUGGGACUUAACUUAAAUCAAGAUGAAAGUGGGAUCAUCAAGCAGGCAGAAAUUAAGGAAAAGGUGGAGCAACUGCUCCUCGACAAGGGUUUCAAAGCAAGGGCAAUGGAUCUGAAGCAAGUGGCUGCAAAAAACGUCAAAGAAGGUGGCCGCUCCCGCACUAAUUUGAACAAUUUCAUUGAAUGGGUAAAGGCAUAGCCAAGUCGCUCAUCCUGCCCCAUAUAUCUACCUAUCUAUCUAUCUAUCUAUCUAUCUAUCUAUCUAUCUAUCUAUAUAUAUAUAUAUAUGGUUUGUCUAUCCCCCGGUUUAGGGCUCUGGAUAAAGUGCUUUUAUUGCACAUAAAUUAUGUGCCUAAACACUAUCGAUUGGUUGCAUUUAUAUUUGGCGCUGCUCAUAAUCC